CCCACGUAACUUACAAUAAUACCCUUUCACCAACCACAACAUGCUUUUAUAUGGAACAUAACAUGAUCAUGCUCUGUCUCAGUCUCAAACACAACAUUUGAUAAUUUAGCUUGUGAUCAUGUCGACACAAGAAGUGAUGAUGAUCACUGAUGAGAAACAGAACGAUGACGUCAUUUUCCGAUCAAAACUGCCGGAUAUUUACAUCCCUAACCACCUCCCACUCCACGACUACAUCUUCGAAAACAUCUCUGAGUUCGCGUCUAAACCAUGUUUGAUCAACGGCCCUACCGGCGAGGUAUACUCCUACGCCGAAGUCCAGGCCACGUCCCGUAAAAUCGGGGCCGGUCUUCGUAAACUCGGCGUGAAGCAACACGACGUCGUAAUGCUCCUCCUCCCUAACUCCCCUGAAGUGGUACUCACGUUUCUCGCCGCCUCCUUCAUCGGAGCAACCACCACCUCCGCGAACCCCUUCUUUACUCCAGCGGAGAUCACUAAACAGGCCAAAGCCUCUGCCGCGAAACUCAUCGUCACACAAUCCCAAUACGUCGGCAAAAUCAAGAACCUACAAAACGACGGCGUUUUGGUCGUCGUCACCGAUGACGUCGUCCCUGAAGGCUGCCUCCGCUUCUCUGAGUUGACUCAGUCCGAAGACAUCCAAGUCAACACGGAGAUUUCGCCGGAAGACGUCGUUGCGCUGCCUUACUCGUCAGGCACGACGGGACUGCCUAAAGGAGUGAUGCUAACACACAAAGGUCUCGUCACGAGCGUGGCGCAACAAGUCGACGGGGAGAAUCCAAACCUUUACUUCCACAGAGACGACGUGAUCCUCUGCGUCUUGCCUAUGUUCCACAUCUACGCACUCAACUCCAUCAUGCUCUGUAGUCUCAGAGUCGGUGCUACGAUCUUGAUAAUGCCUAAGUUCGAGAUCAGUCUCUUGCUAGAGCAGAUUCAGAGGUGUAAAGUCACGGUGGCUAUGGUCGUGCCACCGAUCGUCUUAGCUAUAGCAAAGUCGCCGGAUAUGGAGAAGUAUGAUCUGAGUUCGGUCAGGAUCAUAAAGUCUGGUGCAGCUCCUCUUGGUAAGGAGCUUGAAGACGCUAUUAGUGCUAAGUUUCCAAACGCCAAGCUUGGUCAGGGCUAUGGGAUGACCGAGGCAGGUCCGGUGCUAGCAAUGUCGCUAGGGUUCGCGAAAGAGCCGUUUCCGGUUAAAUCAGGAGCUUGUGGUACAGUCGUGAGGAACGCGGAAAUGAAGAUAGUUGAUCCGGACACGGGAGAUUCCUUGCCUAGGAACAAAUGUGGCGAAAUAUGCAUCCGUGGCCACCAAAUCAUGAAAGGCUACCUCAAUGAUCCCAUGGCCACCGCUUCCACGGUCGAUAAAGACGGUUGGCUUCACACGGGAGACGUAGGAUUCAUCGAUGAUAACGAUGAGCUUUUCAUCGUCGAUCGGUUGAAAGAACUCAUCAAGUACAAAGGCUUUCAAGUGGCUCCGGCUGAGCUAGAGUCUCUCCUCAUCACUCAUCCAGAGAUCAACGAUGUCGCCGUUGUAGCCAUGAAAGAAGAAGAUGCUGGUGAGGUUCCUGUUGCGUUUGUGGUGAGAUCAAAAGAUUCAAAUAUAUCAGAAGAUGAAAUCAAGCAAUUUGUGUCAAAACAGGUUGUGUUUUAUAAGAGAAUCAACAAAGUGUUCUUCACUGAUUCCAUUCCUAAAGCUCCAUCAGGGAAAAUACUGAGGAAGGAUCUACGAGCAAGACUAGCUACUGGAUUGAUUAACUAAGUUUUAAAAUGAGCCAAUUAUGUAUACAUACUGUAUAUCAUCAUAUGUGCAUGUAAUAAUAUUAUCAGUUAAAAAUGAAAACGAAACUUCUUUUGUGAGUAAAGGAAAUAAUUAAACUUACAGGAUCA